AUGCUCGCAAGAUGCUCGAGAGAGGCGCCGAAGAACUUAAAAAGUGCUUCCCUACCGCUAUGGCCCAGACCCCGGCUGCGGUACAGCUCGUCAAUUCCCGAAAGCCUACCAAAGGCUCCUAAUGCUCGAAACUCGGCCUAUCGACGCACCGUCACUGCAGUCGCCCUUGGUGCUGGUCUAUACGCACUCUGGCAGGCAUAUCUCUACUCGUUGAAACGUGACUCGUUCGUCCCAUACACGCUCGUCGCGAAAGAGCCUGUCUCCUCGACCGCAAGCAUAUUUCACCUCGAACCAAAGCAACAAGACCGCAACUAUGAAAUCUAUAAAGAUGCUUGGAGGAGAGGAAUCUGGCAUGUUGAAUUCAAGCAGCCGCAGCUCCAGAUCGUGAGAGCCUACACGCCAUUACCACCGGUUGACGAAAAGAGUGCGGAAGAGAAGGGCCAAAUUAGAUUCUUGAUACGAAAAGAUCCACAUGGCGAAGUUUCAAGUUAUCUUCACAGGUUGCACAUUGGUGCAGACAUCGAAAUGCGAGGGCCCAAUCUGGAGUACGAAUUGAGCCCAGAGGUGCGACAAGUGGUUUUCUUUGCGGGAGGAACAAGCAUUGCACCCGCUCUGCAGGUUGCGCACGCCUUAUUUGAAGGGGGCAGAGCUCCUGGAAAUGAGGGGGCGGACAGAGACCGAAAGUUGCAUAUACUAUGGGCAAACAGAAUGCGCGAGGAUUGUCUAGGCGGCGUUAGCGAUGAUCCCCCUGCAGAAUCAUCGCCUCCCAAGCCAACCUGGUCGGGCUUUUUCUCAAAGCCGAAGCGCAAACCACCGCCUCCGGUCUCUCAGGAGAAGGGUGUCAUUGUACAAGAACUAGAAGCUUUGAAGCGAAGAUACCCGGGCCAGAUCACUGUGGAGUACUUUGUCAAUGCCGAGGAUACAUGGAUCGACGAGGACGCCGUUUUCCAAGCACUAUCAAGGUUCGAUGACAAGGACUUCUCGACAGGAUACGCGACGUCGCAAGAACAGAGGCAGAUCAUCAUCUCUGGGCCGCCUGGGUUCAUCGCCUAUCUUGCUGGGCCCAAAGAAUGGAGAAAUGGAAGAGAAGAACAAGGCGCUGUCAGCAAGCUCGUCGCACAUGCAAUCUCCAAAAACCCUCACAACGUCAAGGUUUGGAAGAUAUGA